AUGGCGGUGUCCUCUGUGCUUUCCUUCAAAGACUGUACCUCCUGGCAGGGGCUCCUGCUCAUGGCCUUCCUUUUAACCAGCUGGCACCUGUCUACCACUACCAACGUCACCAUUAAAGUAGUGCCUCCCUACGUUUUUGAAGGAGAAAACGUCCUUCUCCUUCCUAAAAAUCUGCCAGACAAUCUUCUAGCCUUUGUCUGGUUCAAAGGGAUCACAGAAAAGAGCCACAUGAUUGCGGUGUAUGCAGCGAACACUAAAAGAACUGUGAUGGGGCGUGCACACAGCGGCAGAGAAACAAUCUACAGUGAUGGAUCUCUGAAGAUCUGCAAUGUCACCCAGAAGGACAAAGGAUUCUACAUUCUUAAAACCUAUAAUAGGCAAGCAGAAACGGUAUCAACAACAUCCAUAUACCUCCACGUGUACACUUCCCCUUUGACAUGUGGAUGCCCUCUAACCUCUGCUCAGCCCAGUAUUGAAUUAAUGCCUCCCAACGUUGCUAAAGGAGGAAGUGUUCUUCUACGUGUUCACAACCUCCCAGAGAAGCUUCAAGCCCUUUUCUGGUAUAAAGGUGUAGCUGUGUUCAAGGACAAAGAGGUUUAUCGGUAUGUAAUAGCCAAGAAUGCAAGUGUGGAGGGACCUGCACACAGCGGUAGAGAGAUCAUGUAUAGCAAUGGAUCCUUGUUGGUACACAGUGUUACCUUGAAGGACACUGGAUUCUAUACCCUACGAACUCUGAGCACAGAUCUGAAAGAUGAAGUGGUGCAUGUGCAACUUCUGGUGGAUGCCUCCUUUUUGCCCUGUGGACAUCUUCCCACCUCUACUCAGUUCGGCAUUGAAUCAGUGCCACCCCGUGUUGCUGAAGGGGGAAGUGUUCUUUUACUUGUUUACAAUCUCCCAAAGAAUCUUCGAAUGCUUUUCUGGUACAAAGGGCUGGUUGUGUUCAAGGACCAAGAGGUUUCUCGGUAUAUAAUAGCCUUGAAUUCAAGUGUGGAGGGACCUGCACACAGUGGUAGGGAGACAGUGUACAAGAAUGGAUCUUUGCUGAUCCACAAUGUCACCUGGAAUGACACUGGAUUCUACACCCUGCGCACUCUGAAAACAGAUCUGAAAGAUGAAAUGGCACAUGUGCAACUCCAUGUGAAUGGUUCCCUUUCUACAUGCUGUAACCAUCUCACCUCUGCCCCACUCAUGAUCGAUCAAGUGCCACAGAAUGUUGCUAAAGGGGAAAGCGUUCUUCUCCACGUUCAUAAUCUGCCACAAGAUCUGCAAGCCUUUUACUGGUACAAAUCUGCAUAUAGAAGCCAGCUUCAAAAAAUUGCAGAAUACAGCAGUUUCACGAAUUCCAUCAUCAGGGGCCCUGCAUUCAGCAGAAGAAUGACAGUGUACACCAACGGAUCCUUGCUGCUCCAGAAUGCCACUGAGAAUGAUGCAGGAUUCUACACACUAGAAAUUGUAAACAGAGGGUUCAAAAUUGCAACAACACAUACACAACUUCAUAUAAACUCCCUUUCAGCCUGCAUUCACCCUUCCACCACUGGCCAACUCAUUAUUGAACCGGUGCCUCUCAACAUUAUUGAAGGGAACAACACUCUCCUACUUGUUCAUAAUAUCCCAGAGAAACUUCAAUCCUUUUCCUGGUACAAAGGGGUAGCCAUUGUCAACAAACAUAAAAUUUCAUGGAAUGAAAUAACCACGAAUAGAAGCAUGCUCGGACCUGCACACAGUGGUAGGGAGACAGUGUACCCCAACGGGUCACUGUUACUGCACAAUGUCACCCAGGAGGACACUGGAAUCUACACCCUACGAACCUUAAACAUGCGGUUUGAAACUCAGGAGACACACGUGCAGCUCCACAUAUACAAGCCUGUGACACAGCCCUUUAUUCAUGUCACCGACACCACAGUCAGAGUACAGAGCUCUGUGGUCUUCACUUGUCUCUCAGCUGACCCUGGAGUCUCAACUCAGUGGUUCUUCAAUAACCAGGAGCUACAGCUCACAGAGAGGAUGACAUUGUCCCCAACAAAGUGCCGACUCAGCAUUAAUCCUGUCAGGAUGGAGGAUUCUGGAAAAUAUAAGUGUGAGAUCUCCAACCCAGUCAGUUUGAAGGCCAGUCUCCCUGUCAGCCUGUCUGUUAUGAAUGAGUGA